ACCUAGACGGUAUAGCAAAGGCGAUGUGAACAUUGCGCGUUCAGCUGUCUGCGGCUGCGCACGACCGUUGUAUUUAGUUGCGUAACUCUUUCGCGACCGGUAACUUUAUCAUUAUCAACAAGAAAGCCAUAACACAUAAGCCACGUUUCACAAUAAGUCAAUCCUUUUCUGAGACCUUCAGCUGACUCCAAUGCCGCCUGAAGUCAUUGUGACACAGUUCAAUUGAAUAUGUGUUUUUGAACUGUUCUGUGAUUUGAAUGUAGCGGUACUUGGCCAUCAAGAUGAAGGGAAGAGUUCUGAGUGUAUUGUCAGCAGUGUUGAUAUCUUAUUUUACAAUCACAGGAUGUUCCGAAGAAGGUGCUCGAAUAAAGAGGGUUCGCGCGGACAGUUCAUCAGUCGCUAGGGAGCCCGCGCAAGCCCUGGAUGCUCCAGAGCCCGAGGAAGACGCCGCCCCCGCUCCCCACGCCUUCCUCAGUCCCUCAGUCAAGGAAUACCUUGAACUUGGCAUGGCCAUACCGGGUAAGCCUGGCACUGACUACCCCGUGCUGGGCGCGGUCCCGUACACGAACUUCUACUGCGACGAGCAACCCUACCCGGGAUUCUUUGCUGAUAUGGAGACGCGCUGUCAAGCGUGGCAUUACUGCGACAUCGACGGGCGGCAAGCUUCAUUCCUCUGCCCAAAUGGGACGGUGUUCUCCCAAGGCGUCGCAUCUUGUGACUGGUGGUUCAACGUGCGAUGCGCCUUAUCCCCGGCGUUGUACCCGCUCAACGCAAGGCUGUACCGUCGGCGAAGGAAGCAGACCAAGCCAAAACCCCACCGACUCAUCGACAAACAACUCGUAGACGAAAUAUUCCUUUAAUCCCUGAAUGCAAGAGAGAAAUUAAAAAAUAGAUAAACACUUCUUGUAAAUGUUGUACAUACUCAGUGCCUUGAGUUUUAAUAGUUUGAUUAGCUAGUACGUCUAAAAUACACAUGUAGAAAUAACCUCUAACGCCAGGAAUGGCCUAAGGAAAUCCGUUCCUGGCGUUAAUUUGCAAAUUAAUUAAUUGCAAUAAUAGUAUUUCAAACUAUGGAAAACAUAAAUGAAGUACCUAACCUGGGAUAAAUAUGAUAUACUUUCAGGCAUAAACGAUAAUAAAAUUAUAAGAAGAUUUGGGCUAUGUAUGGAAAUGUGUGUUUGAUAGAAAUUUACUAAGUGUCCUACAGCUUGUAUAUAUAGUGCUUGUUUUAAUAUUUAAGAUUUUUUUAUUAUAAUCAUGAUCAUUUGAAUUGGAGAUUAAAUUAAGUUUAAAAAUGCAAAGUAUCAUGUGGCCAUAAAUUAGUUUUCAAACCAAAUGAAUAAACUCAGUUAAAAGCAGUGGUGUAUUUUGAUUGAUUAUC